UUGUGUCAGCUUCAUUCAAAUGAGUUGAUUCGAGUCGUCGAGUAGUGAUUUUAAAUAAUUCGUCGGCACUAUGUUAAAUCGGACCAAAUCCCAGUGUCGCCAUCCGAGUAUCGUUAACCUACUUGAAUUCAUAAAAAUUUUGCGCGUUGAACCGUUUACGUUUGCUAUGCUUUUCCAGUAUGGCUUACGAGGAAUGCCUAGCUUUCUAAUGAUCCAAGACAAAGUUUGCAUGCAAUGGUACAAUACAACGUACGAAUAUUGUCGCGAUUUACCGUCCACUCAGGAGGAUAGUAGUGGACCUGGUCUAUACAAGACACGCAUUCUGGCGGACGCAAUUCAAAUGGCCACAUACACAACGUACGUGCAUUUAUUUCCAAGCUUGGUCUAUGGACUACUCAUUGGUGCUUGGAUUGAUCGAUUCAACAAAGGGAGAAAAUUUCUUCUCAUUAUAUUCUGCUUAGCCGGAAUGAUGGAAAAUGUAAUUCUAAUUUGUUUGACCGUUAAGUUUGACUCAACUCCGUAUAUCAACGUCUUUAUGACGAUUCCCACGUUAAUUUUAGCAGGUGGCUAUAUAGGACCCCGAGUGGCGGUCACACACUACAUAACAGCCACAACCCCACCAAAAAUGAUUGCGAUUCGAUUUAUGAUCUUUGAAAUAUGCAUGAUGUUAGCUCUACCAAUUGGCUCUGCUCUUGCCGGUUUCAUUAUAGUGAAACCACCAACAUUUCUCUCCGGUCAGACACGUAACUACACUGUCAUAUACAUAAUUUCAUUUGCUAUCGACGUCGUUUGUCUGCUGUGGGUCAUCGUUAUGGUUAACGAACGGAUUGCGCAACAGCAGCAAAAAGUUGUCGAAGUACAAUUGCAAGAACAGUGCAAAAAUGAUGUUGCGAACACACCGACUUCGGAUAUUCCUGACGAUCGGAAUGUUCACCCGUUCAAAUUAUUAUUUAAUCGAGAAAAUGCUAAAUCGAUGCUGCGCAUAGUCUCAAAGAAACGGCCGAACAAAGGCAGGAAACAGAUUCUGUUGGCCAUACUUUCGUUGUCAAUUCUUUUCGGAGAACAGAUUGCGUUGGGAUCGAUAAAUAGUCAAUUCAUCCAAAGAGUGUACUAUUGGAAUCCAGAUUACACAGCAUAUAUGGGCGCUAUAGGCAUGCUGAUUGCAUCCACUGCCACGAUGACGAUUGUACCAAUUAUGACAAGAAUUCUUAAUGUGUGGGACAUUCCGCUGGCUAUCGUCGGCUUCUUCGUUAACUUAACGGCUAAUUUUAUCAAGGGCUGCUGGUUAUCCGAAAAUGCUUACUACUUGGCUAUGGCUGUAGGGUCAAUCGGUGGUAUGGCAUCAAUUUGUACAAGAUCUCAUAUAGCGAAAACAGUCGAUAGAAAUGAACAAGGGAAAAUGAUGGCGGUUAUGGCAAUAGCGGACACAAUAUCGCCUGUUAUAGCAACGACCAUUUUUUCGCAAAUAUUCCGAGUCACGGUGGACAAAUAUCCUGGCACUGUGUUCUAUGUGAUCGCGGGUCUAAUAUUCAUACCGAUUUUCUCGAUGAUUUGGAUAUUCUUACGCACCGAACGACAAACCAUCGAUGGUGUUAACAAUCACGAGACGAACGAACAACAAGAGAUAAAUGGUGAGACGCAUAUAAAGGAUAAGAGUGGCCAAUGAGCCUUAAGCUUGUAAGAAAUCGUACUAGUCGCCAUACACGUACCAUGUUGCUGACUUCGAUCCAUAAACAUUUUACUUUUCAAAUAAUCUGCGUUAAAAGCGUCACAAGCUGUAAUUUCUUAAAAAUCUCUCUUCUAUCGACAAUUACUGGGAGGCAAACCAAAUUAGUGGGAUGCGAGCAAUCCAGUGGGUUAAGAUAAAUUUUUAAUACGCAAGGGGUGAGCGAAUGUUGCUACCUCUACCACUAGUCAAACAUUUUUUUUUUGGUUUUACGAUUAUUUCAUGAGUAAAGUGUCUUCGGGUCGAAGUUGAAAGCGUCACCUCCAGAUAAAUCACAUUUGUUUUGGAAGUCGACUGGAUGCUUACAUUUAUUGUGUUGUCUUUGAAAUUGAAGGACCUACAUUACGGAUAGAGUAUUAUGCAUCUU